AUGGGUGUACAGUCUUCUUUUGAUGUUAAAAAUAUACGGUUUGGUCGAUGUGUUACUUUUUAAGUUCGGUGGCAAUCAAACUCUCAUUCAAAACUGGCGAAUGCACAAUAAUAGUGUUGUGGAGCAUUUUGGAUGUUGGACAUAUAUAUUUAUGUUCCUCAUAGAGGCCAUGUCGUUCUACUUCGAAUAAUGACGUUAUGAACGAAGCCCUACUAUUCCUCCUUCUUCUCUUGAAUCCUGCCUUCACAACAUCCACUAGAAAUGACACUUGUCAGAUUAAGUUCGUCUCCAGACAGACCCCGUCAUCCGGACUGACUUUCGAUGCAUCGCAAGUAACCUACGAGAUCUAUCAUAAGGUUGUGAACAACAAUUUAUUCAAAUUCGCCAACAUCUCACGGGACAUCAUAACCCGAAGAAAAGAAGUCGUCGGUGUCAUAAUAACCAAAACGAAAGAGUAUAACUUGGCCUUGAACAUCUCGGGGAGGCUCAAGGUCUUCCCCAAUCGAACCUCGGAAACCGAAGGCUUCUGGAGAAGCUUCUCUGAGAGCAAAACAGGUUGGACCCCACUUUUCAUGGACUGUUACUUCUUCCGGAGCCAGUGGUUUUACGGGUACGUCUUGAAAACGUCAGAUAUCAGCAUUGGACUAUUCGUGAGGGUUAUCCUGAAUCCCUGUGAUGAGAGCCUGGAAGGAAUCCUGCCAAAGCAUAGAUGUCACAAUGAGUCGACCACGUGUGAACCAAUUCCGAGCGAGGAAGAGCAAGAGGGGGAAGAGGGCUACAGAUGCAUUUGUCGCCCAGGCUACUUCAAUCCUCAGCCUACGAAUCAGAGCUGGAGAGAAUUCAGAAAUGCUGAUGUCGACAGAGAAGUGGCUGAUUCGAUAGAUCCUUUGCGCAGAUGCAUACAGCAACAGUCUUCACUAACGUGUAAUGUAACGAAUGGACCAUGUUUAGUAUCUGCCGAUGUUUUCCUGAAAACCAUCAUUUUUUCCAUCCACUUAGGCUGCAUGGCGAUUACUGUUAUCCUUGGUAUAUUAGUCUUCAAACAUCGAAAAGCGAAAGCAAUUUCGACUGGUAUGUGGACCAUAUUAGAGAUCAUCCUGCUUGGGGCCUGCAUUUUGUAUUCAACUAUAUUAGUGAAAUUCUUCGAGCCAUCCGUGAUACAGUGCUUCCUGGAACCCUGGGCCCGAGAAAUGGGAUUCAUAAUAUGCUACGGAGCCAUCAUCCUCAAACUCUACCACCAUCUAAUCGAGUUCCGCACAAGGAAGGCUCACAGAUGGGUGGUCAAAGACACAGACCUCCUCAAAUACCUUCUGAUCAUGACGUUUUCGGUUUUCGCAUACAUGGCUGCCUUCACCGCGUUCAUGCUGAACUUCAGACAGGAAAAUUAUGAUCUGCUCGUGGAGGAAACAAUCUCGGAGAGCGUAUCCAAGUAUCAAACCUGCAAACCGCUCCUGUGGGAUUUUGUGACCGAGGCCGGCGAGCUCAUAAUAUUGAUAUUCGGGAUACAUCUCAGUUACGCCACAAGGAACGCAAGGACUCAAUUUCACGAGAGGAACUUCUUGUGUGCUGCCAUCAGUCUUGAAUUAGCAGUCAGCACAAUUUUCUACGUAAGCCGAAUAUUAAUACUGCCAGGUUUGCACCCAGACUACAUUUUGAUAGUGUGUUGCGUGAGGAUCCAACUAUCAACCACAGUGACAUUAUUGCUAGUUUUUCUUCCGAAGUUCUGGUACCAGCAGAAGCAAGUAAGAAGCCUCGGUCAGGAGUAUUCUUGCAGAGUGGAUGCUUUUAAGGACAUCAACGCCCAUGGACCGUUGACUAGUCACAAUAGCGAUGUAGAAGUGGGAGAGAUCACGUUGGCUGACAUGUCCCCUGAUGACAUAAGAGCGGAACUCAAGAGACUCUAUCUUCAGCUGGAGAUUUUCAAGAGCAAGACCAUAUGCAGGGACAAUCCUCACAUAUCCAAGAGAAGAGGAGGCAGGAAAGCUGCCCAUAGAAGAUUCAGUUUACAGAAAAAAGGGAGCAGAGAGAAGAAUCUUCACAGCAAAAAAUUCAACAGACAAGAAGAUUCAACAACUGAAGCUGAACCAUCUAGAACACCAGAAGAUUCUGUUUGUAGUACAGAAGGUCCAAGUGGUAUCUACCAGGAGUUAUUGUUAUCCACAAAUUGACUCGAGCAGUAGAUGAUAAACAUCUAAAGUGUCAAAUAAUUUAGGGAGUUUCGUGAUAUCAGAAAUUGAAAGUACUCGUUCUUAAUUUAACAUGGAGAUUUUGGAACGAAUCAUUUUUUUCUCCAAGAAAUCUUGUACACUGUUCAAUCCAAUAAAGUUUCAAUGAAAUCAAAAAUUGUAUGUAUUUUUUGUUGAGUUAUAGGAGCAUUCACUAAAACGAAAUUUUCAUUUUAUAUGCUUCAUUUUCAUGUUUGAGCUAUAGAACAAUCAUUACAUUCAUCCAUCAUUGUUUAUAUUCACAAAUUGUGUCUAAAACUUUCAAUUCUCUGAAUUUUUCAAGCUACAAUUUCUCUUCCUUAAUAAAUACUUCCUCUACUAGAAUGUACCUGUAGAUGAACCUAUUAGGUUAUCUUGUUGUAAUGAAUAGUUGAGUGAGAAAUUUUGUACAAAUUGUGAACGAGCGUAUUCAAAUCAAAUUUUUUCUUUCCUUCCGAUGAGUUUCACUCGCUUCACCUCAAAUGCUCGUAGAUAAUUCGAUAUACUGAAAUCAAAUGUAGAUAAUGAAUAUCAUGAAAAUUUAUAGUACAUUAUGGAAUAUUUGUAUACAUUUUCAAGUGGCAUAUACUUAUAUGAAGAAGUUUUCGAAAACAUUUCGUUCUAAGUUCAACAUGUUGAUAUUGAAAAUAAAGUGUUGACAAACA